GCCUGUCUCGAUCAUACCUUAGUUCAGCCUCCUUCCUUCUAUUCUUCAUGCUUUUAACCACGUUUGCCUACUCGUACAACAUCCCUUUCGCUUGCACGCGUGUAACUCGCGUUUUUCAUUAUAAUAACUAAUAAUAACUAUAAAUAUAAUAGAAACAUCGACGAAAGUUUCAUCAUUCGAAAAAGGCCUAAGAAGUUGUACACCCAACUAUGUCGUCGAGGAAUCCAAUGAGAAGAAUAACUGAGUUGGAGUCGAGAAUAGACUACGUCCAGUGCGAUGGGCUAGCAGCUAUGAAAAUCAUCAAACAUUGUCAUGAGGAAUCGACAAGUAAUAUGGAAGUAGCUCAGGGUGCUCUUCUCGGGCUGGUUGUUCAAAAUCGUCUGGAGAUCACUAACUGUUUCCCAUUUCCGAAGAACGAUGAGAUCAUGGAGGAGGAAGAGUAUCAGCUGGCGGUUAUGCGUCGUCUUCGAAGAGUCAACGUUGAUCAUUUUCAUGUUGGUUGGUACCAGAGUGCAGAUGUGGGUAAUUUCUUGAGUGUCAGCCUCCUAGAGUCCCAAUACCAUUAUCAGACAUCGAUUGAAGAGUCUGUGGUUGUGAUUUACGAUACAGCCAAGUCCGGUAGAGGUUUUCUGACAAUCAAGGCCUACCGUCUGACACCCCAGGCUAUUCAGAUGUAUCGAGAAGGUGAAUUUACUCCCGAGGCCCUGCGUACUCUUAAAAUUGGCUACGAGAAUCUCUUUAUUGAGAUUCCCAUUGUCGUCAGGAACAGCAAUUUGACAAAUAUAAUGAUUUCGGAAUUGGAGGAGAUGAUCCCAGAAGAACAGGGGACUAAGUAUCUGGAUCUGGGGACUGCAUCCGUUCUUGAAGGACAAUUGAGAUGCAUGAUGGAUCGUGUUGAUGAACUCAAUCAAGAAGCCAUUAAAUUUAAUAGGUAUCAACAUCUUGUUAUUCGUCAACAACAGGACAAGAAUCGUCUUCUUCAAAAGAGAGCCCAAGAAAAUGCGGCCAGAGCUGCUAAGGACGAACCUCCACUGCCUGAUGAUGACAUCAACAAGCUCCUGCGACCACUUCCCGUCCCACCCAGGCUCAAUCCCAUGAUCGUCGCAGGACAGAUUAGCACUUACAGUCAGCAUAUUUCACAGUUCUGCGCUCAGAGUCUCGCGAAAUUGUAUAUUACGCAGAGCUUACAGAUUGCCAAGGAAGCUAAAUCCACUAAUUGAUGGAAACGCUAUGAUCGAAAAUCAUUCACAAACUCUGAAGUGAGUUCAAGCAUGAGUUAAACAAUUUAAAUUUGUAUUUCGAGAUAAUAUUGAAUAAAACAGUGAAAGAAAUUGAAACAAUUA